GAGAGAGUUGUUUAUGUCUUUCUCCAAGUUGAUUGGUGAAGUAAUGAAUCAAUGAUGAUUGCCACUUUCGAUAACGGACCAUCACUACAUUUAUUGAUUUGUUACGACAUCAAGCAAGCGAAAGUGUGUGUUCCAAUCAAGUGAUGAAGUUAUUACAUGCGCUUGUGUUAUUCGCUUUGAUAUGGGUCACCAUUCAACAAGAGACCACAACAUUGUCUGCUGAUGACACAAAUGUGGCCCAACCAUCCAUCAUAGCCAAUCAAUCCGGCAAUCUUGCAGAAAAUUCUACUGUCGAAAAUGAACAUCCAGCCAGUGCCGAUGAUGAUGAUGGAGAAGAGGAUGAAGAGGAUGAAGACCAAGAUUAUGAUUCGGGUGAAUCAUCCACCGCCAAAGCCACGAAUGCGGAGAAUGUUGAAGAAGAAGAUGAUGAUUACUACAAUUCCAAAGCUGAUCAAGACGAAGAAGAUGACGACGAGGAGUAUGAAGAACCAAGUUGUACGGUGAAAUUGUUGCUGGAAAAUAUGAAUCUGACGGCAAUGUUACCUCAGGACGGUGAUCGAUUACGGCAGGAAUAUGAUGAUUAUAUGCUCAGUGAUGAUCCAUCGCAGAUACGAACGGCACCAACGGCCAAUCAUACAUUUCAACGUCUGAAUCGUUUGGUGAAUUGGUUUCGCGAUGUUGCCGAUCAACAACAGGUUCGUGCCGGUCUCACCAAUUUUCUCCAUCAAAACUUUGAUGUUUUGCUCACUCUGGAACUGGAUUCGAUUUGCAUCAAUUCGAUUGUCGCCAUUUUGGUGGCCAUCCGCCGAAACGAACCGUGGGCAUUGAAAUUUGUUGAUUCGGCGCCCAAAAUUCCUUCCGGCUUGAUGAAUGGUGUCAGUUCAUUUCUGGGCAGUUUCGACGAAUGUCUUUCGAUCGAAAGUCCGUCCACGUUGUCCGAAUCAUAUACGGGACAAUAUUGUACGGUGAAACCAUUGCUGCCGUUGCCUGCAACCGAAAUGGUCAACCACUACGAUCGAUCCGAUCCCCAAGUUGAACGUUUGUUACGAUUCUAUGCAGCCUACAAUGUGCAACAUUAUUUCCAGAUGAAUCCGGCGCUCAAAUUUGUCGAACUGAUGAAAUCGAAAAAAGGACGGGUCACCAAUUUCGGUCUUUGCUUGCCAAGCACAUGUGAUGGUCGACAAUUGGAAAUUGCUCUCAACAAAUUUCUUUAUCCAAUCAUCGGCAUCCCGUUGGAAGUACAGGAAUCCUCAUGUUGGACCCAAAACAAAGCCAACAAUUUUUGGCUUCGUAUGGAUGGUUAUGCUCAAUUCGCAAUAUUGAUAAUUGCCGUUUUGGUUGUGCUGGUGGGUGCGGCUACUUUGUACGACAUAUAUCCAUGGUUGGUCCGAAAUUUUCAACACAGAAAUGGAAACGAUGAAAGGGAUCGACCAGUGGCUGUCGAAACGAUUGUCGAGAUAUUCUCGGCUGUCAGUAAUACUGGUCGGCUAUUUGAUCAAUCCCCGAAUCGUCUGGCAGUGUUGGAUACAUUGCGAUUGAUAAUUAUAUUCGUGAUUGGUCUGUGCAAUGCAUUCUAUCUGACACCGCUCACAUCGUUAUUGCAUAAUAUUGCUGGCUCAGUUCCCGGCGAAUUGUUUACAAGCAGAAAAUAUUUCCUGAUACGGGCCCCGAUUUUACUGAAUGAUGGUCUAUUGAUCAUAGCGGGCGCAUUGUUUGUACGAAGCAUAUUUCGACAUUUGGUUCAACCGCACGACUUGUUCACUUAUCUGGUUUACUUUGUACGACGAUGGAUUCGUCUAACGAUGCCCUUGUUUGGUUCGAUAAUGUUUUUGUAUCUGCUGCCAUCGGCCGGCUACGGACCAUUAUGGUCUCGAGUGGGAGAAAUUUUGUUGCCGGCAUGCAAAUCACCAUCCUCGAUAGCAUCAUCAUUGUUUCACUUUAGCAAUUGGAAUUUCGUCCGUGCCAACUAUACAAACGAUGAUUGCUAUCUGGUGUGCAAUCCGGAUUCGUGGUUUGUAUCGAUCAUUUUCCAACUGAAUGUGGCAUUCUUUUUGGUGGUAUUGGUGAUGUAUGAAUCGCCGAAGAAGGGACUUCGAAUGUUGAUCAUAAUGAUCAUCUGCAGCAUUUUGUUGAACAUAUCGCCGCGAUUGUUCUUGACAAACACACGUACCUAUUAUGAAAUGAUGAGGCAACCAUCGUUGUGGCAUGCACGCCGCAGUUUUUAUCUUUACCAUCAGAACAUUAUUCAAUAUCUGGGUUCGUUCAGUAUUGGUCUGUUGCUUGGCUAUGCGAUCAUUGUUCGUGACAAUAUCAGCGAUCAAGAGCAAACCAAAUCCAACAAACAGAGGAAGCUGAUCAUCUACAACGUGUUGGCCAUCAUCGGUUUGAUCGUGCCGUUCGUUUGGGUGAAUCAAUUUUUCGGCGAACAAGGUGUCAGUCCGAAUGAAUUGUCGGUGUUGUUGUUCUUUUCGAUUGGUCGUUUUAUAUUCGGUUUAUCGUUUGGCUGGAUUAUUUAUGCGUCGGUUGCCGAGAAAUCCGCAUUGAUGUUUAAAUGUUUGACGCCGAUAUCGAUUCAACCGAUUGCCCGGUUAUCGUUUUCGAUAUUUUUGGUGCAACCACUUGUCCAAUAUCAACGAAUGUAUUCGGCACAUGAGACUCAUACAAUGACAUUGCGUAGAACGAUUGAGAAUUACACGUGCGAUUUUAGCAUCAGUGUCAUGCUUGGUUACCUGCUGUAUCUGUUGUUUGAAGCGCCAAGUGAUCGUUUCACUGUUGUUUGUCAGCGAUGGAUUCAUCGAUCGGAGGACAACGAUUCGAUUGAAAAACGCAACACCAGAUUUUGGUGCGGACAACAACAGCAGCAACAAGACGGGGAGGGAGAAAGUCCCGUUGAACCUUCGAUCAAAGCAAAAGUGGAAGAAAAACCCGAUGAACAUGACGGUGUUAUAUCGAUUCGUUUUUAAUCAACCAGCAACAACAUUUUGGCAACAUCAUUCUAGUCGUUUAUUUAAUACAAAAGAAACAUGUUAGGAGAGUUUUCUAUGAAGGGAAAAUGGAA